AUGGACCCGUCCUAUUUCCAUACUGGAAAAUUGACUAGAAAAUCUGAUGUUUACGCCUUUGGAGUUGUAUUGUUUGAGAUAUUGUCUGGGAGGCAAGCUGUAGAUUCAAAGCUUGAUGAAGAGCAAUGGGGCUUAGCACCGUGGGCCCAAAGCCAAAUCAAAGAGGGAAAAGUCAAUGAAAUUAUUGACUCUAGACUGAUAAGACAAAUCUCAAAAAAAUGUUUGAAGCAGUUUGUAAGCAUAGCAGGCCAUUGUUUACGUACUAAACCAAAAGAUAGCCCUACCAUGGCUGAGGUUGUCAUUAAGCUCAAGUCUAUUCUGUCACAGGAAAGGGAAAAAAAAAUAUCGGUCGUUAGUAAAGAAAAAGUACUUUACAAGGUAAGGGAUUUUUUUACUUGCAACUUUGACAUGAUGUCAGAUGGUAGGGUAAGAAGCAAAUCUGUGAUGUCUGAUGUUGCAGUAAGAAGCAAAUUUGUGGUCCCUGAUGUUACAGGAGGAAGGAAAUCUUUGAUGUCUGGUGUUGCAGGAGGAAGCAAAUCAGUGAAGAAGGAUGAUAAAGUCCUUAGCAAAUCUGAUUUUAGUGCUCAAAAUAUCCGGAAAUCUACAACUGGAAGUAUCAGAAUAUUUACGUACGAUGAGUUGUCAUAUGCUCCUACAGAAUCUGGUGUUGGUUUGGCAAUAUAUGUGAGGAAGGAGGAGAUUCUAACCUGGAAGUUGGACUUGAAAAUAUUAGAAUUCAGUCAUCCCAAUAUUACUAAACUUUUGGGAUAUUGCUUGUCUAAUGUAACUAUGUUUUGGGUAUAUGAGCUCAUUCCAGGGAUAUGUUUAGAUGAUCAUCUAUUCAAAGCACCAGAUAGAACUCCACUUUCUUGGGCUGCACGAUUGAAAAUAGCACAAGGAGCAGCUAAAGGCCUGUCUUUCUUCCAUCAGAGGAAUCUUCCAGCUUAUAAUAGUUUUGAUGGCAAUCAUAUAUUGGUGGACAGGGAUUUUAAUGCUCGGCUUUUGGAUUAUAAAAUAGACAAUUUACUUGCCCCAACUGGCUGCUCUACUUUCAAAACAGACAAAUUGGAUGGUAUUUUUGGAUUUGUGCCUGGAGAUGAAUCUGGAGUGCAAAGUGAGAUCUAUGCUUUUGGAGUGGUACUGCUGAAAAUGCUAACAGGGAUGAAGAAGUAUGAUGAAAGGAUACCUCUCCAACGGAAAAUUUUGAUGGAAUGGGCUACUCCAUUACUAGCGAACGAGGUAAAUUUGGGAAUGAUUAUGGAUCCUCAACUUCAACAUAAUGAUCAUCCUCCAAAGGGAGCAUUCAAAUUGGCUCAACUUGUUUUAAAGUGUCUUCAACCAACCCGAGGCAAAAAUUUAUCAAUUGAAGAAAUCUCUCAAGCCUUGUAUCAGUGCUAUCAAAAAGAAAUCACAUCAGUUUGACUCUAAGAUAUCAAACACAAUAAUUCUUAUGUAAAUAAAUUUAAGAAAGUAAAGUGUAUGUUGCUGCAAAUAUUAAAAGUGUGAAGACUU